AAGUUGAAACAAACCUAAGCAUGAAUCCGAUCAAGAGUUUCCGGCUGAUCACCUGAGUAAACUUCGCUGGACGGCGUUUCUAUUGUGAAUCUACUCUUUGAAGAAGGAAUCGCCACUGUCGAUUUCAGCUUCAAAAAUGGCAAAUCAACUUGUAAUUUGGUCCAUCAUCUCCGCUCUUUCAGCUCUGAUUCUCAACUUGUUCGUGAGAUUGGUACUUGGAAUUACAAGAAACAACAAGAAGGCGGUAGCAUUUUUUCACCCUUACACUAACGACGGUGGCGGAGGGGAGAGAGUACUCUGGUGCGCUGUCAAGGGUGUCCAAGAGGAGCGCCCCGAUCUCGAUUGCGCCAUCUACACUGGUGAUCACGAUGCUUCUCCCGACAGUCUUAUGGCCCGAGCCGUCGAUCGUUUCGGUGUGAAGCUGCGUUCUCCACCCAAGGUGAUUCAUUUGUAUAAGAGGAAGUGGAUUGAAGAAACAACUUACCCUCGCUUCACUAUGAUUGGUCAAAGCUUGGGCUCUGUGUAUCUUUCAAUUGAAGCUUUAAGCAAGUAUACCCCUCUGUAUUAUUUUGAUACCAGUGGCUAUGCUUUUACAUAUCCAAUUGCGCGAAUGUUUGGAUGCAAGGUCAUUUGCUACACCCAUUACCCAACAAUCAGUUUAGACAUGUUAUCUCGUGUGCGUGCAAGGAGUUCAAUGUAUAACAAUGAUACUUUAAUUGCUCGGAGUAUUUGGUUAUCCCGUUGCAAAGUCGUGUAUUAUAAGGUUUUUAGUUGGUUGUAUGGCUUGGUUGGGUCUUGUGCACACCUUGCAAUGGUUAACUCUUCGUGGACAGCAUCUCAUAUUGAAAAGCUUUGGGGGAUACCGGAUCGUAUUAAGCGAGUUUAUCCACCUUGUGAUACUUCAGGACUUCAGGAGCUUCCACUCGAAAGAUCAAGGAAACCACUAACAAUCAUAUCUGUAGCUCAAUUUCGUCCAGAGAAGGGGCAUGUUUUGCAACUCGAAGCAUUUUCAGCUGCCAUCAAGAGGCUGAAUGCUGAUGAACUAAGGCCUAAGCUCCUGCUUGUUGGUAGCUGUCGAAACAAGGCAGAUGAGGAAAGAGUGCAGAAUUUGAAAAACAGGGCCACUGAAUUGGAGAUUGACGAUGAUGUAGAGUUCCAUGUGAAUGUAAUGUACAGAGACUUGGUGCGACUCUUAGGAGGUGCAGUGGCUGGAAUUCAUUCGAUGAUAGAUGAACAUUUUGGCAUAAGUGUGGUAGAAUACAUGGCAGCUGGAGCGAUUCCAAUUGCCCAUGAUUCUGCCGGUCCAAAGAUGGACAUAGUGGUGGAAGAAACAGGAUUUCUUGCGGUAGAUUUGGAACAAUACUCGGAUGCCAUACUAAAUGUUGUUAGAAUGGAGGAAACCGACAGAAUGAAGAUGGCUGCAGCCGCAAGGAAACGAGCUGAAAGGUUCUCGGAGCAGCAGUUUUAUGAAGAUUUUAAUGCUGCUGUCAGGCCAAUUUUACACAGAUAGAAUAACCAUUUAUCACAGAAAUUUUGUACAAUGAGAGGGGACAUAUUUAAUAUUUGAAAAUUAUUUUGCUUGGGCUCACAUCUU